AUGUCGCCGUGUACAUUCCUGUUGGUGUUUCUCCUGUUCUCGUGUAUCAGGGGACUGGGUCGUGCGAACUCGGCUCAACGAUCGAUUGAGCACCACAAUGGUGUAACAAAACGGAGGCUGCCACAAAGCGUGGGCAUAGAAAAAAACAUAGGAGUGCAAUAUAAAAACGUUUCAUUCAGUGCACGCGCUACUGGCCCCUUCGCUGUGCAACAGUCUCAGACGGGGCCGAAUUUCGUUCAACUUACAAGUACGUCUCAGGUGCCCCGGCGGCGCCGGCGGCAACAAGAAAGGAACGUCAACUCUGAAGAACCGCCGAUGAGAUCCGGUAAUCGACGCUGGGGAUGGCUCUCUCCGCGGGCAUGGCUUCGAGGAGCAGCAAGUCGUUUAGGUCGAGGUACCAACAGUAGACGAUGUAACGAAUCUCCGGAGAUCGUGCUGCCCCCGGGCAUUGCCGUCAUAGCGUCGUUGCUUCAGCAGCUCAGGGAGGAGAUCGAGAGAUUCAGCGUACAACAACGGAACAAACCACAAUUGGAAAGAGCAGUAAAGGCGGAGUUCUUUAGGCUGGGAACCACAAAAACUCUAGUAUCAAAAGCAUGCGGGCUCCCGCGAACCAUAAAAUUUGAAGCAAUUAUUAGUUCUGGUACUUGGUCCACUGUCUGGCGGGUGACUGAUAUCCGCGAGAAAAAGCAGUAUGCUUUGAAGAUACGUCGACUGCGUGGUGCGCUUUCGGGGAAGGCCGGAUACACGUCAAUUCUAAAAGAAGGCCAGUCCAUGAUUGAGGUUUCUCCGGCUUAUACCUUCGAAAGCUUGAAGCUGAUGGUCGCUUUGGACAUCCUCAGGCUUGAAGGCGUUCCGCAUUUCGUCAAAGAAACCGACUCUCGUCACACAAUUGCUAACCUCUUCCUGCUGAUGCCACUCGCUAAGACGGACCUUUUAUCAUUCUUGCAGGCGCUGUUCUCCAGACCUCCGAUAAGCGAAAGCCCCUCCGGGUUCCAAGCCCGCCUGAAAAUAACCGCUGAAUCUGUCACAAUCGUGGCGAACUUUCAGAGGCCAGGUGUUGUUCACGGAGAUAUACAGCCACAAAAAAUGUUGAUUAUGCCAAAUGGAAGUGUUGUGCUAGGUGGUCCCCUAGAUAUCCACUACCCUGGUACCCGCCGCUCCCCCGAUGUAUUUACUGUGCCGUACCUGCCUCCGGAGCUUUUAGAUGAAGAAGGCGUUUAUUCAUACCUAACAGAUUCAUGGCAGCUGGGCUUGACAUUAUACCAGAUAUGGUGUUUGCGACUACCGUUCGGGCUGAUGACGCCUGUUGUUGCAGAUGAUCCUGACUACUAUAUCGUAGAAGAAGUACUGCGAAAGCCCGAUGCCGAGCUCUCGUUUGAACAAGCAGGAUGCGUCGCGAAUAUUCCAGAAUAUGUAGAGUCGUUGAUAAAGCAAUUACUUCAGUUCAAUCCAGAAAACCGCUUGACACCUGCUCGUAUCCUCGUCAGCAGGGACUUCAACCGACUCCGGGCGCACGUUGAUCAUUUGGAGCGAUCCGCGCGAAAGCCAGUGGACAUCCCUCCGCCACGAGCUCCCAGACUUGUUGGGUGGGGCCCUCCGGGGUUACAGGACGGAACGGAAUUGCAGGGUAACAACACCAGCCUUGAAUCACAGAACUAG